CUCUUUCCUCCCCUCUUCAUCCAGAUCCGGACCCGACCGCCGAUCCAUCCAAAUCACCCUUCCCCUUCCCCUUCUCUUCCACCACCACCACCACCAGGCCGCCGCCUCGUCGUCCUCAAUUCUCCUUUCGAAUUUAGAAUCCCCGUGCUGAGAGUUGAGUGCCGCCUUGGUUGCUCCGUACUGGACUCGAUUCCUCAUCGCAGCAGAAGCAUCCCGUCCCCUCCGCUUCUCCUUGCUCUGCUCUGCUAACAAACAGACAAAAAAAUAGCAUCAUGUCGGAGGUGAAGGACUCCAAUGUGCCUGCUGCACUUGAUGGAAAUCCUCAACCUAUGGACCAAACUGAAGACAAUUCUAUGCCCUCAGCACAGCAACAGGAAGAAGCAAUCAAGAAGAAGUUUGGAGGACUAAUGCCCAAAAAGCCCCCACUCAUCUCAAAGGAUCAUGAGCGGGCCUACUUUGAUUCUGCUGACUGGGCUCUAGGGAAGCAAGGUGUUGCCAAACCAAAAGGACCGCUGGAGGCACUUAGGCCCAAGCUUCAGCCAACACGCCAACAACAGCAACAACGUGCAAGGCGCCCUAUUUACACUUCGUCAGAAAACGAGGACGGAGACGGGGCUGGUGCUGAGGAUAUGAACAUCAAUUGAAGUGGACUAGUGGAGUGGAAUGCCUGCUCAGAUUGGUUGAUGAGCAAGUCGUCACUAUAUGUCAAGUGUUGUAGUUUGCUUUGCAAUUAUUGGAGGAAUUAAAUGAUCGUCUGCUGGGUUCAUGAGUCGAACAUUUGAUAUAUAUGGCCUAUUAUUUACUAAUAUAUAUUUUUAUUAUCUGUGGAUAAA